AUGAGCAAUAGUCCAGUUAUCCAACAGAAACCCUCCCCAGGGACCAGGGUGUCCGAUUCCCCCGCGAUGCAAUCUUACAGAGGAUCCGAUUUCCUGGAGGCCGGGACCUUGUCCCGCUCUCGUAGCUCUCGUAGCACCAGUCUCUCCAGUGACUCGCAACACCCCCGAGUCAACCUCAUGUCGCCUCCCUUGGUUCGCCCGCCGCCUGCAUUCAUCUCGUCCUCCGCUGCCUCGGAGAUCAUCACCUCCGACCAAGAAUUCAACGCCGCUGAUUUUGCUCCCGAGGAUGAGGAGACGGGGGCCAGUGCAAAUGCGCUGGUUACGCCUGCCGCGCUCUCUCUGCUGAAUGGGUUCCUCGACAACCUCCUCUUCAAUAUCCUGGCCGGAUCCAAAUCGACCCAACUCGCCGCCAUUCGACCCGCUCUUGCCGAUGUGCUGAAGCCGCGACUGGCCUCGGAAGUGGUGGCUACGGCCGACGAGGAGUUGAGCGAAUACAUGGGAGGAGCAGAGGACGAGCAGACCGAGUUUCGAGGCGGUCAUGAACCGGGCGGCGAUUUCGAUCUCGUUCGCUCAUGGAAGUUGACGCGUCUGCGUUGUAUGGUAUACACCCGGCUGGGUGAUAUGGAAGAGGAGGAUGAGGACGAAUUUAUUGCGCAGGAGGGCCUCGGGGAUACCGACGGAGCGCCUCGCAGGUUCACGAGCCAUGUCGACAACAUUACGCCCGCGGCGGCCAUCUUCCUGACUUCGAUUAUUGAGCACAUCGGCGAGCGAGCGCUCGUGAUUGCCGGCGAGACGGCGCGAUCCCGACUAUCGGCGAAACUCAACGAUGGACAGGACGACGAGACCGACGAGGAUGAGGAUCGCAAGCGAAUCGAUCGACUCGUUGUGGAGGAUCUGGAUAUGGAGAAAUUGGCUUUGAAUGCGACUCUCGGGCGAUUGUGGCGUACAUGGAGGAAGCGCAGACGCAACACCACUCUUUCGCGGACACUAUCGCGUGAAUCCUUCCGCCGCCGUGGACAACAGAGCUUGGUGAACAGCCGGAAAAGCAGCGUUGUGACCAUCGAGGAGCCCAUGACUCCUCAGGAACCGCUGCCUGAGGAGCUUCCUGUCCCGAUUGACCCUGCCGCCGUUCCUCUGCCCAUUGGCGAUUAUGAUGUUCAGGAGAUUGAGGUUCCCGGUUUUUCUGCCGAGUUGGAGGGUGAGGUUCAGACCAUGGAGGCCGUUGUGGCGCACAAGGUGCGACCGCGCAGUCUCAUGGUCUUUUCAUCCCCAUCCCUAGCACCCAAAUCCCCUGGGCCAACGGGCUCACCCGUAAGUGCUGGUGCCAUUGACAAUAAAAGUCUCCGCCAUGCCCGCUCCAGGUCCUUGCCCAAUGCGGCGGCUAGCCCACCGCGCCAGACCUCCAAGCAGGCUGAGCCGCCUACCCCAGCAGACCAGCCGUCUCCCCGAUCGUCCGAGGAGAAGAAGCAGCUCGAGACCAUGUAUGAGGAUGACGAAUCGGCGGAGUUCGUGGACGCUGCAGAGACCGCCCCUGGCACCGCGAUCACCACGUCACACGAGGAGGUCUUAGAGCAGUCUGCGGCAGAAUCUGCAGAGAAAGACAGAAUGUCCGUAGUACAGGAGGAAGAAGAGGAACAGCCAGCCCCGGCUGCUGUAUUUGCUGCAGGCCCUCCUGUCAACGAGACUGUCGCGUCCUUGCGGUCCUGGGAGGACGAGGAGGCUGCGACCGAUCACAGCGCUCGCGUUUCGGUCGCAUCCCUAGAUGAUCGCCCUGCCAAGGAGCCGGAAGUGAUUGAGGGACAAGGAUUGUGCGAGAAGCCCAAAUUGACGUCUACAAUUCAUCGACCAAGGCGGAAAACCAGCAAGGAUCCUGCCAUCCUUAAUGCAAAGCCGAUCAUUGAAGAGACUAAUGAGGCCAACUCACAAUCCGUCGGCGUAAACCCGCCAGCCACGCAAGGGGCUGACACCACACCCACACCAUCUGGCGCCACCAUCGAGGCUAUCAAUUCUCCUCGCGAUGCCAACAAUGCCGAAGAUCGCGAUCAGCAUAUAUCAGUCAUGACUUCCACGCCUGCGACCGCCCCUGUUAGCGACGAAUUGACGCCCGAGAAGCCUGCCGAGACGAUUUUCGAAGAAUCUCACGAUCCUACCGAAUCCACUGAGCCCACGCCUGAAGAACCUGCUGUUCAAGAGUCGUUUUAUGUUCCCGAGUCUCCUCGCCCGGCAUCUGCUACAGGUAGCGAACGAUCGCAACGGUCCCGGCGCCACAAGCCCAGUCCACUCGUGGUCACACCAACCAAUCGCACGUCCCCGCAACUUGAGCAACGAGCAGCUGUCCAGCGCAUGCCUCGUCCCAACACCUCAAUUUCAUCUACGGUUCAGCCCAAACCUCGUCGCUCAGACAGUGUGAGCAGCGCUCGCGAAAAGCGUCCGCUCACCGCUGGCUCCACUACAUCUCAAGUGUCCAGCAAGCUAAAGGGUCUCAUGAUUCGCCCUCCAGGCGAGUCCCCGUCGCUGCGUCUGCGUAGCUCGUCCGAAACAAGCCGAGCCUCUGGCAGUGCUGGCUCUGUGGAGAAUGACGCUACCGACCUGGACAAGUUGAUCAACAGCGACGAGACUAUCCAUUUCACUCUGACACCUCGGAGCGUGCGGGAGAUGAAUUUCCCAGAUAUUCCUCGACAAAUUCCCCGAUCAGACACUACGGACACGACCGAUCUUGCCGACUUUAUCAAGAAUACUGGCCCGCCUGGAGAGGAACCUCGACGGAUUUCUGUGUCUUCAAAACACACCCUUGAUGCCAAUGCUCUCGGACGCACCAAGUCGAUCGAAUCUCCGAAGCAUAUCCCGAUCACUUCUCGUAUGGUUUUACCGCCAAAGUCUCCUGCACGAGAAGUUGCCCGUACUGCGAGUACCCCGACUUCGAUCCGCGAUAUGGCUACCGAGACCAAGAGAUCCACCGGUUCUAUCAGCUCGCCUGUCCAAGCUAGCUCCCCCGUUCGCCCUCCAUCCAGCUUCUCCACCCACACCAACAACACCAGUCGGUCCAACCCGAACCGCCCCCGUCUCCAGGCCCGUCCUGCCGAGACUCGAGGCUCACAAACCUCGGAAUUGAUCGAUUUCAUUCGCGAGGGCCCACCACAGCCAGGCGCGCACCGUAUUCCUCGUACGGUUGCACCGUUCCGCAACACCAUUGACUCGGAUGAUAUUCAAUUUGACCCUACACACGAAAGGGACCAUGGCAGCUCCUUCGCCAGUACCCGGGAUGGCUCGACGCCCAACAAGUCCUUGACUUCCCUUGGCUCACGGACCGGCCUGCUGGAAUCGAGCAACCGUACGAAUGGCUAUAGCAAGGCUGCCCCCACAAGCGCUGCGAUGGAAGACGAUGACCGCCCUAUUCCUGUUCGCAGACAACGCCGCAUCCCAGGCCAGGCACCGGACCCGUACGCCAUUGACGACGACGACGAUGACGAUCUCCUGGAAGAGCUCAUCAACGCCAAGCCGCCGAAGCGAGAGGAAGAAAGUCUGAUCGACUUCCUACGCAGCGCACCUCCACCAGACUUUGAGCAAGCGCAACCCCAGCCGCUGAAUGUCUCCAUUCCCUCUACCAAAACCAAUGGCAUGGGCAUGAAGUCCCGACUCAUGCGUAGCUCGACCUCGGCCGACAAAGGUCCCUCCUCCAAGAUGUCUAUCAGCUCCCUCCGCUCGCAGAGCACUCUCAACUCUCAACACCAGCAGUCAUCCAACUACUCUUACAAGGUUGGCAUGGCGCGUAAUCCGGGUAUCAUGCCCUCCACGACCAAUCGACAAACGGAAACGUCCGCCCUUGCAGACUUCCUCCGUAACACCGGUCCUCCCGAGCCACCAGCCGGGCGUGAUCUAGGUGCCAAGGGCAAGGAAGGCGGUCUCUCCCGCUUCUUCGUGCGUCGCAAGAAGCUCGAGGUUUAA